CAGUGGUAUAGAAACCAUGUUAAAAAUUUUGACUCUUUGUGCUAUCCUAGCGCUGGCUUUAGGUCAGCAAGGACCUUCAGUAGAACUAGAUGGUCAAGGCACGGUGAUAGGUUCAUUGUCAACUGAAGGAAAUUACUUCGAGUUCCACGGUAUACCAUACGCGGACGCAACGUCGGGUAUCAACCGAUUCAAGGCACCACUACCGCCACCUUCAUUCCAAACCCCAUUAACUGCAAACCGAAAAGACAUAAAAUGUGUUCGAGCUUUAGGUGUUGGAUAUGAAGGCACCGAAGAUUGCCUGGUAGUUGACAUUUAUACUCCAACUAUAGAUAAUAAUAAGAAACUGCCUGUUAUGGUAUGGGUUAAAGGAAAAGAAUUCGACCGAAUUAAUAAUCCAGAACUAUCUUUCCGCAAUUUUAUUGAAAAGGAGGUUGUUGUAGUAUCAUUGAAUUACCGUGAAUCUGUUUUAGGAUUCCUAUGUCUUGGUACUGAAACCGCACCCGGUAAUGCUGGAUUAAAAGAUAUUAUUGCAGGAUUGAAAUGGAUCCAGAAAAAUAUUGCAAGGUUUGGAGGUGAUCCAGGCUCAGUUACCAUCGUUGGCCAUGGAAGUGGUGGAGCUGCCGUUGAUUUAGUCACAAUGUCUCCAAUGGGCAAUGGUUUGGUACAUAAAGUAAUCGCUCAAAGUGGUAACGCAUUUUCUCCUUGGGCUGUAUCUCGUGAUAACUUGAAACAUGCCAUCGAUGUAGCUGAAGGUCUUGGUCAUACAAUAACCAAUAUUGAACAGUUAUCUGAGGUUUUCACCAGAACUAGUGUCGGAGCUUUGAUGGCUGUUAUCAAUGAACUUGACUUAACUGAUAACUCUUUAGCCUUUGCUCCUUGUGUGGAACGUAAAGAAUUGGAAGGAGUAGAACCCUUUCUUAUAAAAACUCCUGCUGAAGUUGUACAUAACAACGAAUUUUUAGAUAUCCCUACCAUUAUUGGAUUUGUAGAUUACGAAGGUACUAUUCGAUCAAAAGAAGCAAUAGGUAACGAUUGGCUAAACCGAAUGGAUGAAUCGUUCAGUGAAUUUAUACAGCCCGAUCUAAAAAUUGAAGAUGACCAAGUAUCAGUAGCGGAUGAAAUUAAAAGGUAUUAUUUCGGGUCAACUACACCCAAUUUAUAUGAACCGUACCUGAGAUAUCAUGGUGAUACAAUGAUUCUCAUAUCUUCUUUAAGAGAAGUUAGAAAUCGAGUAUUUGCCACUGAAUCACAACAGACCUAUUUAUAUCAGUUUUCAUAUAAAGGAACUCUCGGAGCAGCAUUUAUUGGACCCAUUAACGUUGAUUCAGCACCACACGGUGUAGAAGUGGCUUACUUGUUCAAUGGAGGUUCUGAAGCAAAUGACCUAGAUCGUUUGAUUACCAAUAUCCUCGUUGACAGAUGGACUAACUUUGCUAAGAAUGGUAUCCCUUCUACUGAGCAUUCUAAUGUAGUAUGGCAGCAUUAUGCUCGACUCAAUCCCCAUUUCCUGCGUAUAGGAACUGUAGACGAAAUAGAUGGUGAGCGUCAAGGACCUGUAGAAGUAGCGUUAAGGAAUCCACAUCCACAAACAGCUUCAUUUUGGGAACGUAUUUACACAUCGCAUUUCUUAGAUGCACAAAGCAAUUGGGAAAUUAUUGACAGGAAUGAAGAUACUCCUACAACAACCCUGAGCCCAGGUGGUAUCGAUGUGUGUGAUGGGGACGGGGAUGACUGUGGUACUGACAAUGGCAGUGGUAAUGACAAUGGCAGUGGUGAUGGUAACGAUGACUGUGAAGGUGAUGACUGCGAUGACGGUAAUUCAGCCUCAACUGCUGUUGGCUACACUUUCUUAAUAAUCAGUCUAUUUUCAAUUUUGAACCAUUUCCAUUCCUCUCAGAUUUUGUCAUAGAAACAAUUCAAUAGAUCUAAUUCUAUUGUUUUUGUUUUCUCAACAUACUGUUUAUGCAUUGACGUCUAUGUAUGUGUUAAGGCUAUGGUCUUGUCCAUUUAUUUUGAAGACACUAAAAUAUGAACAAAGCAUAAGGCUCCAAUUUUAUUCUUACCUUUCAUUUCUUAUAAAAAUUAACCAAUGUGUUACAGUUUUAAGUAGGUGUAAGUAUUUCACAACCUUCUUUGGAUUUUGCAUUGAAAUUCAUUCGAAGAACGCUAUGUACAGUUUACCUUCUUCUUUUUCUUGUAGUAUUAAUGUAUUGUUAAUCAGUUUAAGAUAAGUUGGUAUUAUAUCUUAGUAGAUGGUUAUUUGUUUUAAGAUAUAUUACUGCACUAUGGAGUGUAAUUUUAAUAAUAUUCUGUUUUAAUAACAAUUAGAAAACUACCAAGGAUACUAAUUAGCUAAAACUUGUGUCAUUUCUGUAUGAAUUUUGAACUACACUUUUUUCUUACUGAGUCAUUAGAUUUUGAACAGACAUUUUAAUCAACUUUAUAAUAUGAAUGCAACCGAUUUUUAAUGUAAUCAAGUUCAAUCAGUUUGAUUGAGUAGUGGUAGCUGCAUCGAUGUUAUUUCAUAAACUUUUAAUUUAAUAUCAUCCUUACGUCUACGAAAUACAAUUACAAAUUCAUUGCCUCAAUAGUUAUUUGGAAAGUUGUUAAAUUGUUCUGUUUUUUUACUAAGCACAUUAUGUACCAAAUGAACUUUGCUAUCAUACGUUUGUAUGAAAGUUAAGGUUCUGCUUUAAAAUAGUUAAGUAUUUUAUUUUUAAUUUUGUAAAUACAAUAAAAAACCUAAAAACAA